AUGUAAAUUUUUGUUAAGACUUUAACUGGAAAAACUAUUACACUUAACACAGAGGUUUCAGACUCUAUCUAAGAUGUGAAAGCUAAAAUUUAAGACAAGGAAGGUAUUCCACCUGAUCAAUAAAGACUAAUUUUUGCAGGUAAGCAGCUUGAUGAUGGAAGAAGUUUAUCAGACUAUAAUAUACAAAAAGAAUCAACCCUUCAUUUAGUCUUGAGAUUAAGAGGUGGUAUGCAAAUUUUUGUUAAGACCUUGACUGGUAAGACUGUUACUUUAGAUCUUGAACCUUGUGAUACUGUUGAAAAUGUUAAGGCUAAGAUUCAAGACAAGGAAGGAAUUCCACCUGAUCAAUAAAGACUGAUAUUCGCUGGUAAACAACUCGAUGAUAGCAGAACUCUUUCUGAUUAUAAUAUUUAAAAGGAAUCUACACUUCACUUGGUCUUGAGACUAAGAGGUGGUAUGCAAAUUUUCGUUAAGACCUUGACUGGUAAGACUGUUACUUUAGAUAUUGAAGCUUCUGAUACUAUUGAAAACAUUAAGGCUAAGAUUUAAGACAAGGAAGGUAUUCCACCUGAUCAAUAAAGAUUAAUUUUUGCUGGUAAGCAACUUGAUGAUGGAAGAACUGUAUAAGACUAUAAUAUACAAAAAGAAUCAACUCUCCAUUUAGUUUUGAGAUUAAGAGGUGGAAUGCAAAUAUUCGUAAAGACCUUGACUGGUAAGACUGUUACUUUAGAUCUUGAUCCUUGUGAUACCAUUGAAAAUGUUAAGGCUAAGAUUCAAGACAAGGAACGAAUUCCUCCUGAUUAAUAAAGACUGAUAUUUGCUGGUAAACAACUCGAUGAUAGCAGAACUCUUUCUGAUUACAAUAUUUAAAGGGAAUCUACUCUUCACUUAGUCUUGAGAUUAAGAGGUGGCAUGUAAAUUUUCGUUAAGACCUUGACUGGUAAGACAAUUACUUUAGAUGUGGAAUCUUCUGAUACUAUUGAUAAUGUUAAAGCUAAGAUUCAAGACAAAGAAGGAAUUCCACCUGAUCAAUAAAGGCUCAUUUUUUCAGGUAAAUGCCUUGAAGACACUAGAAAACUUACUGAUUAUAAUAUCUAAAAAGAGUCAACACUUCACUUAGUUUUAAGAUUAAGAGGUGGUUAUAUAAAUAUAUGA